AUGAUGAAGGAGGACCAGGAUGACCACUUGCAGAGGAGCGACAGGAACAGGAGACCGCCAGAUCGCCUGGAUCCGUGUUGGAAGUCGCCGACGCCUAGAAAGAAGAAGGAGGUGAUGAAGGUGGGAGCGGAAUCUGAACCGACCGAUGCUCAUCAAGAUCAGCCGUCCAGCCCAAAGAAAGAAGGACCGUCAUUUAUGUCACGGCUACUCGGAUUCGGUGGAAAAGAGAAGAGUCAUCACACGGCGUCGACAUCGAGUUCAGCGAUGAAAAGAAGGAGUCAAGCUGAGGCUGCACAUCAAGCAAAGAUUGCAUCAGUGCUCCAAGAAGUAUCCGAACUUGAGGAAAAGUUGGAAGUGCACGAGUGUGAACUGCGUUCGGUGCGAGAUGAAAUUGAGAGGAAGAGCGCGAUUAUCAAUCCGACUCAUCCCAAUUAUAUGGCCGAGGAGGCUGAAAAUGUGAAAAAGGAGAUCAUCAUUCUCAACGAGGAGAUGGUAGCCCUCAGAAACAAGAAUGAAAUGGAAAAUAUCCGGCUGAGAGGAAAGAUUAAGAGAUUGAAAAUUCAUUUGGAAACUUUGCAAGCAGAAAAGAAAGCAGUUCUGGCCGAGAUUGAUGAUGAUGAAGAGCAACGGUUGAGUAGUAGUAGUAGUGACGAGGGCAGUGACGUUGACCCUGACGAAACAGUGAGAAAAUUUGAAGCAUGGAAAGAAGGAGUUGCCGCAGCUGCGAAAGAAGAGAUGGCCACAUCAGCGCAAAGAAAGGAAGAAGCAGCUACGAUGGACAAUAUCGCUCAGUCACUGCAAGCCUUGGUGAAGAUUUCGAAUAAUCCUGCACCAAGGAGCGAUAUUCAAGAGAGAAUGAUGGUGCGGCAGUCAAUUGGUCGUGACCUUCCUCUCUUCAGUGGACGACCGGAGGAGUGGCCCACCUUCGUCGCCACCUUCAAGCGAACCACAGAGUCAUGUGGAUUCACAGAUGCAGAGAACAUUGAAAGGAUUAGAAAAUGUGUGAGAGGAGAGGCGGCGAAAAGUGUCGAGUGUUUGUUAGUGUCUCCGAACUCGUUGCCGGAAGUGCUGCGAAUUUUGGAAGAGAAGUUUGGCCAGCAUGAAAUAAUAGUGAGAAGCAUGAUCGCGAAGGCAAGAGCAUCGCCAUCAGUGAAGGAAGGAAAGCCGCAGACCAUGAUUGACUUUGGAACGACAGUGGUCAAUCUGGUGGCGACUAUAAAGAAUUUAGAAGAAAUGGAACAUUUGAGAAAUCCGGUGCUCCUUCAUGAAUUGGUGGAGAAGCUGCCUGAUAGUGACCGGAAGAAUUGGGAAAUGGAAGUUGUGAAAGCUGGACAGAGACCAUCAUUGGAGGACUUUAGUGAGUGGGUGAAAAUGUGUGUGAAAAUUGCCUGCAGGAUGGUACCAUUGAAGUCCGCCGACACGAAGAAUGAAAAUCAGCAGAAAGUCAAGAACAGUCAUCAGGAGAGAGAAAGUGUCGCCACUGCUGCCGGCUUAUUCAGCGGACAAGCUAGCAAAUUGUGCUUGUUUUGUGGUAAGUCUAACCACUACAGCAGUGAGUGUUAUCGGGCAGAAAAUAUGAAUUUGGGAGAGAAGAAGGAACUGAUAAGGAAGAAUAAAGCUUGCUUCAAGUGCUUGCGACUUGGACAUGCUGUGAAAGAUUGUAAAGUGAAAGUGACGUGUGGAAAGUGUCGUGGACCCCACUGCAAGUCGAUGUGUCCUGAGCUGUGGGCGAAUCAGAGGGCAAUUCAGGAGCAGCAGUCGACAGGGGGGCCAACCACCAACGCCCACAAUUCAAAUCAUUCGUGCCGGAAGGAUGUUCUCCUGAAAACUCUAGUGGUCCGCGUCGUUGGACCGAUGGGGUCACGUGUGGUGCGCCUUCUCUUUGACGAAGGAAGUCAAAAGAGCAACGGUCGGUCAUCAACGUUGGAGGCAAUUGGAAGUCGAGUCGUAGGGGAGGAAUGGGCCCGAAAUGUUUUGUUUGGCGGAACUGUGACCGAGCCGAAGAAAGUGAAAGAAUGUAUAGUGAGGGUGGAGAGUUUGGACGGUGCAGUGAAGAAAGAGUUGCAUCUGAGAAAAUCGGAAGUAAUUUGUGGCAACAUUCCACGCGUUCCAGCGGGGCCGUGGAUGCAAGAAUUGAGAAGAAAGAAAAUUUGGUUAAGCGAUUUUGAGCAAAGCAGAGUGGACAGCGAAGAAAUUGAAGUGCUAGUAGGAAGUGACCACUGGGGGCAGCUUGUAGUAGGGAAACCAAUCCCGCUUAAUUGUGGACUAUUUGCUGUCAAGACCGUGUUUGGAUGGACCCUAAGCGGUCCAGUUCCUGGAAGGCGACAGGAAGGAGUAGCAAUGGAAUGUGCUUCUCUCCAUGUUGGUGAAGCGAGUGUCUCGGACUUCUGGGAUUUGGAAAUCAUCGGGAUUAAAGAUCCAGCCGAUGUCAAGUCGCGAAAAGAAAAAGAAGAAGAAACAAGAGAGCAUUUCAAGAAAUCUGUGUCACGAGAAGAAGACGGCAGAUAUUAUGUGAAGAUGCCGUGGAUUGGGGGAAUAGCGCCAAGGCGGUGGCGUUGA